ACAACCAUUUUGGUGGAAACUACAAAAACAAAAGAUGGCGGAAAGUCACUGCAAUAUGUACUAAUACAGGCACCCGUAGUCUUUUACUGUUACUUAUAAACCUUUUAGGCUGCGAGGGUUACAUUCGACAUGCGGAUUUAUUUAAUAGGCAUUUUUCUAUCAAUUGCUGUAUUAGUAGAAGUUUUUGCUGAGGAUUAUUAUGCACUUCUUGACGUGUCUAGAGAUGCUACCGUUGCUGAAAUUAGAAGAAAGUUUAAAAAGUUGGCUUUGAAACACCAUCCUGAUAAAAACAAAGAUGAUCCAUCAGCCCAUGAUAGGUUUACAAGGAUUAACAGGGCAUACGAAGUCCUUAAAGAUGAAGAGUUAAGAAAGAAAUAUGACCUUUACGGUGAAGAUGGUUUGAAAGAUGACCAUUUCAGUAAUAAUUAUCAAAGCUGGGACUAUUACAAUAAAGAAUUUGGCAUUUAUGACGAUGACCCAGAAAUUCUUACUCUUAGUCACUCUGAUUUUGAGCUCUCAGUGAUGGGAUCUGAAGAUGUUUGGUUUAUAAAUUUCUACUCCCCAUAUUGCUCCCAUUGCCACACUCUUGCUCCAACUUGGAGAGAAGUUGCAAAAGAACUUGAUGGUAUCAUUCGUAUUGGAGCAGUCAAUUGUCAGGACGAGUGGGGCUUGUGUACAAGUCAAGGAAUUCAGUCUUACCCUUCCCUCAAAUUGUACCCGACGGGCGAGUUCUUUUAUGGACACAAGACAACUGAUGAAAUCGUAAAGUUUGCCUUGGAUUCAGUUGAAAUUGUCGUGAUAAAGCUUACGUCUGAUAAUUUUAAAGAGUUAAAUGAUCAUUCAUUGCCUUGGCUAGUCUCAUUUUGCUCACCGGAUGAAGACUGCCUGUCUGCAAAAACGAAAACAAAGCUUGCUGGAAUGCUUGACAAUCUUGUGCAAGUUCUUGACGCUGAUUGCUCAAGUGAACCUGAUCUUUGCAAAAAGCUUGGUCACAUCUCAGGCGUGGUUUAUUACCCAGUUGGUAAAGUCGAUAAACAGAGUGGAUCGGUUAUUCAUAGUCUGGUUGCUGGAGAGAUUUUGAAAGAAGUUCUUACUUUACUCCCAGAGCCAACAGAAGUAAAUGACGAGAGUUUUAAGAGCAUUUCAGAUGAGAUUGACAAAGGAUCAAUUGAGCCAUGGCUCCUUAUAUUUUCAAGUGGAACAGGCAAAGAUGAUUCUUUUCUCGAAUUAAAGAAAAUUUCUGCCCUUAUUCCACAUGUGGAGCUUGGGACUAUAGACUGUAGGAAGAGCAAUAAAUUAUGCCAGAAGUUUUACGUUACUAAGCACCCAUCUGUUUUGUUGUUGAAGAAAGGAGGCUAUGAAUGGCAUUAUGGUCGCUUUACCGCUCAUGAUAUUGCAGUAUUUGCAAAAGACAGCUCUACAUCAAAUGUUAGAGCACUCACCCCUGAUGACUUUCCAAGUGCAAUGGAUGACAAAGGAAGAUAUUUCAUCGACUUCUUUGCUCCAUGGUGUCCGCCGUGUAUGAAAUUGCUUCCAGAAUGGAGGAAAGCUGGUCGCCAGAUCGGAGACAGAACGGCAAAAUUUGGAACAGUAGACUGUACUGCUCACAGAACGUUGUGUCAGAACCUGAAUAUCCGAUCGUAUCCAACUUCAGUUCUUUAUAAUGACAGUCACCCGCACUCUCUUUCUGGUUUUCAUGCUGCAAAUGAUAUUAUUGAGUUUGUCGAGGACAUAAUACACCCAGUUGUGGUGCAGCUAACACCGGAAACAUUUGAAAAGUUUCUUGUGCACAAACCACAAGGUGAAAUGUGGAUAGUGGAUUUUUAUGCUCCCUGGUGUGGCCCAUGUCAACAACUUACUCCAGUGUAUCGCAAACUUGCAAAACGCCUGGAGGGUGAGGCCAAACUCGGAAUGAUCGAUUGCACAAUGCAUCGGCACCUUUGUCAGAUGAAUGACGUGCAUUCGUAUCCAACUGUAAGACUGUACCCACCUAGCAGUGCUGGAUCAUCUAUGUACAUACGACAUCAGGGUUGGCGUGACGUUGAAAAUAUGUACUACUGGGCCUUCCAAUAUCUUCCGUCGUUGGUGGAACAGCUUGACUACUAUUCCUUUUUCGAUGUUGUAAUCAACCAGAUGGAUGCAUGGCUUGUUGAUUUCUAUGCGCCUUGGUGUGGACAUUGCACCCAGUUUGCCCCCGUCUUUGAAAAGAUUGCAAAGCGUUUGUCUGGCACUGUGAAGGCUGCAAAGGUGAACUGCGAAGAAAACUACAACCUCUGCAGAGAGGCUGGCAUCAGGGCUUACCCAUCUCUACGCUUUUAUCCUGGGGCAUUCAAGGAUGGUAUGAGCCAGCCAAUUUUAGGAACGGAACUACCGACCCACGAAUCCGAGAACCUCGUUGAUCGGACAUUAAAGUUGCUAGAAGACCACAAAAAAGAAAAGUUGGCCGAAGAGGAAAGAAUAAAGAGGAAAGAGAAUCAAAAGCUACGAGACGAGUUCUAGAUCGUGCUAUGAAAAUUCUUACAGGAAAGGGAAUGUAGCUUUUUAUGGAACCAGAGGCUACCAAACUGUUAUCGAGGAAAAAGCGCAGAAACGUACGACGACUUCAACAAUUUAAAUUGCUUAUUUCUUAGUGUAUUAAAUUUUACGAGAAAGAAAAUAUUAAUUAUGGUUGUUGGAAUUUUAAAGAGCAUUUAGAAUGAGAGGAAUUCUACAAAGGAAGGUAAAGAGAAGGAGGUUUAAAAAAGGUUAUUCUUGGAAGAUGACUUUAGAGGAUCUGUUUUUAGAACGACUCCACAGCACAUCUUUAUUUUAGACCGGUCCUUUUAAUGAAUAAAUUUAUUAAAAAGUGGAACACACUGUAAACUUGGAUGUUGUGAGAUAUAAUAGAUUCUAGAUCAUAUCACUGUUAUCCAUAUCAUGUUAUUUAAAGAUUUAACCAAUAGAAUUGAGAAA